AUGACCAGUGAAAUACAGGCACUCCUCAAACGCCAUAACACCGCCUUCAGUUCAGGUGACAAGUCCCUAUACAGCGCAGCCAAAGCUGACCUAAAGAGAGUUGGGGAUGCCAACUACAAGAACAACAACCAGGUGACUGUUAAUGCUGACGCUUUGCUGGCAAAGGAAGUAAACCAUUUCGUUGCCCACUUUGAGGCUGAAAGGCCCAAAACAGUCACACCACACCCACCACCCUCCAGCAGCAGCACACUCAUGCUUCAAGAACCUGACGUGAGACAUGUGCUGAGGACUGUUAACCCCAGAAGGCCACACUCAAAGCCUUCCACCAUCAAGCCCGAAGCACAUUGCUCCAACCCUGGCUGCUACUGUGCCACAUAUCCUACCGGCACUCAGCCUGCUAGUCCAUCUGCUAGCCACUUGCCUGCUAGUCCACCUGCCAGACCCCAGCGCUCUGACGAGCCACCCUCCAGAAGGUCUUCCAGAAGUAAGAGAGGUUCCAGGAGACCCCAGACCUUGCCGCCGCCGAGCGCCGCAGAGGUCCCGCCGCCACCGAGCGCCGCAGAGGUCCCGCCGCCGCUGAGUGCCCAGACCUCACCACUCCCCAGCGCCCAGAUCCUGCCGAGCGCCGCAGAGGUCCCGCUGCCGCCAAGCGCCGCAGAGGUCCCGCCGCUCCCCAACGCCCAGACCUCACCGCUCUCCAACGCCCAGACCUCACCGCUCUCCAGCGCCCGGACCUCGCCACUCCCCAGCGCCCAGACCUCGCCGCUCCGCAGUUCCGCUGCCGAGCCCCAUCUCCUGACCAUCUCCGAGGGGGUCGACGAUGCUGUCGACGCCGCCUCACCCGUCCCAGAGGGGAUCGGCGCUGUCGACGCCGCCUCACCCGUCCCCGAGGGGAUCGACGCUGUCGGCGCCGCCUCACCCGUCCCCGAGAGGGUCGACGCUGUCGACGCCGCCUCACCCGUCCCCGAGGGGGUCGACGACGCCGCCUCACACGUCCCCGAGGGGGUCGACGCCGCCGCCUCACCCGUCCCCGAGGGGGUCGGCGCCGCCGCCUCACCCGUCUCUGAGGGGGUCGACGCCGCCGCCUCGAACCAGCCUGGGUCAGCUGACCAACCCCCUGGCCGAGAGACUGUAGAGCCUGGGUCAGCUGACCAACUCCCCGGCCGAGAGACUGUAGAGCCUUGGUCAGCUGACCAACCCCCCGGCCCAGAGACUGUAAAGCCUGGGUCAGCUGACCAACCCCCCAGGCGAGAGACUGUAGAGCCUGGGUCAGCUGACCAACCCCCCGGCCGAGAGACUGUAGAGCCCGGGUCAGCUGACCAACCCCCCGGCCGAGAGACUGUAGAGCCCAGGUCAGCUGACGGCACCCCCGGCCCAGAGACUGUAGAGCCCGUGUCAGCUGACGGCACCCCCGGCCCAGAGACUGUAGAGCCCGUGUCGGCUGACGGCACCCCCGGCCCAGAGACUGUUGAGCCCGUGUCAGCUGACGGCCUCCCCGGCCCAGAGACUGUUGAGCCCGUGUCAGCUGACAGCAUCCCAGGCCCAGUGACUGUUCAGCCUCAGUCUGCUGACCAACCCCCCAGCCAAAGGACUGUGACUGUGUCAGCUGACAAACCCCCGGCUCCUGAGUCUCCGUCUGCAGUGGCCACCCCUGCUCCUGGGCCUCCAGAGGGGUCCCGCCUUCACCUGAUCCGGUUCCCAGGCCGGCCUCCAGCCCGGCCUCCCGAGGGUCCUCGUCUCGUCCGCCGCCGCCGGCCUCCCGAGGGUCCUCGUCUCGUCCGCCGCCGCCGGCCUCCCGAGGGGUUCCGCCUCCUUCGCCGCCGGCCUCCCGAGGGGUUCUGCCUCCUUCGCCGCCGGCCCCCGGAGUGGUUCCGCCGCCGGCCCCCGGAGUGGUUCCGUCCGUGAAAAUAAGAAGCUGUGGGCCUCCGGUGGUGGGAUUGGUGUCUUCGGGUGGUGGGAACCCCUUCCUGUGUGGCGUGCUGCUCAUCCCCUGGUUGUUUUUUUUUAUUUCUUCACUCAGGUGUGUGUGUGUGUGUGUGUGUGUGUGUGUGUGUGUGUGUGUGUGUGUGUGUGUGUGUGUGUGUGUGUGUGUGUGUGUGUGUGUGUGUGUGUGUGUGUGUGUGUGUGUGUGUGUGUGUGUGUGUGUGUGUGUGUGUUCACGUGUGAGUGGGGUGAUUUUUCCUGGGCUCCCUUGUGAUGCCCGUUGGCCCAAACCUCCACCAGAGAGCCCCCGGCUCUGAUUAGUCCCCAAACCCUUCAUUUAACGAUCUCGUGUGAAUGGUUGCUUUUUUAAAAAUUGGUUUUAAACUGAGUAUUUUUGGUACUAAAUAAAAUUUGUGUUCUUUUGCUUGCACUGGAAUCAUGUCUCCUGCCUCAUCAGUGGAACGAACCUGAGUUGCCUUCUCGUUAGUAGUGGUUAUAAUUCCCUGGGUGAAAGUCCCAGGGUGGCGUUGUCUGGCCGGUGUCUACAUUCAGUAAUUGU